AUGAAGAACUCCCGGCUCUCCAUCCUUCCGCUACUGGGCUUCUUCACUACAUCCACCUACGCCGACUUCGUCAUUGGCAGAUACGCCGGCUCCGAGCUCGGCGGCACCUUCUCCACUCCAGGCCAACUGCACAUCAUCGGGACGUGGAACAGCGCAGGCAUCGAAGGCCAAGAAAACGGCUUCGGAACCGGCGACUUUUGUUCCGCCGGCACCUCCGCCGGCACCGGCAAACUGAACGACUAA